AUGAACAUAACAGAAGUACGCAGUUUUCUGGGUUUAGUAGGGUAUUACAAGAGAUUCGUGGAAGGUUUUUCUAAGAUAGCUCUGCCAUUGACAAACUUGACCAGAAAAGAUGCGAAGAUUGAGUGGUCGCCAGAAUGCGAGCACAGUUUUCAAGUGUUGAAACAUAGGCUAAUGUCAGCACCAGAAGGAAAGGCAGUAGUCUAUGCUUCUCGUCAGUUAAAGAAGCAUGAAUGUAACUACUCUACGCACGAUUUAGAAUUAGCAGCAGUUGUGUUGGCUCUAAAGUUGUGGAGACAUUACCUGUUUGCUGAUGCUCUAAGUCGAAACACCAGAUCAACUAGAGCUAGUAUCUAUUCAGUGAAAGGUGAACUGAUACAUGAGUUGUAUAAUGCUAAAGCAGCAUUAUCAGUUGGUCAAAUAGGAGGUUUACUAGCUUCAAUUCAAGUACGUCUUACUCUCGUAGAAGAUAUUCUACGUGAACAGUUAAAGGAUUCCGAUCUUCAGAAGUUAGCUAAAGAAGUAGGUAAAGAAUUAAGGACGGACUACCAAUUAAGAACAGAAAAAGUGCUGUUAAAAGAAGGUAAGAUCGAGAUUCCAGGUUUACAUCGAAGUUUUGGCCUAGCUUACAGAAAGCUAUGGUUCAAUGACAGUUGGGAUACGCAUCUGUCGUUGAUCAAAUUUGCGUAUAACAACAGUUACCAUUCGAGUAUUGAAAUUGCACCAUAUGAGGCACUAUACGGAAGACCAUGA